UUCCGCCGCCAUCUUGAGCCAGUCACCUUGCACACGUUUCUGAAAGGCAGUCCGGCUGCACACGACACUUUAACAUUUCCAUCAAUCAACGAUUAGUCCGUCAAUUUACGCGUUAUUGAAAAAAAAAAGUUUUUGUAACAAUUGUUUUGAAAAUAGACACACGAAAAACAAAUUCUGUAAAUUAAAAAAAAAUGUUUGACAUGAAAUUUUUUAUCAUUUUUGUGGCUGUCGUAACUUUAAAAUUAGGUCAGCCUACUAACAGCCAACGCCUUGACGUUUAUAGUAGAUUACUUCAUGCAGGCAAUAGCUUUUUAACUGUAGAAAAUGUUGAUCACUUUGCGGACACUUUGUUUGGUCGCCUUACUUGUGAAGUCCGAAAUCUGACCAGUGAUGAAGGAUGCAACAGAAAAAUAUGUUACAACAUCUCCGAGAUACUGGGUCAGGUUUCUGGUCAUGUCUCCACUACUGAGGUGUCCAGGGAGCAGCUGGCCCAUCUAUCUGUGCUACUGAUUUACUAUGUCGGACACAUCGACUCAAAGUGUGGUACGAAGGUGGAUGCAACCAACACUACCGUGGCCGCAGCUCACGCCUAUAUGACCAACAUGACAGCCACGCCACACGGAAUUGGAGACUUCCUUAACUCUGUCAAGAAACAUCUUGCUGAAACGAAUCACAACCAUACGUCAGAAGGAAGUGAAACCAAUUCUUUAGUUCUUAAAGAAAAGUGUUUAAGUGAAGACGCCAUCAGCUACUACCUGAUGUCAGAUGACAGAGACAUUGAUCAGCUUGCCACUCUGCUCUCCUAUAUGAUUUAUGCAGAUUAUGAGAUAGAGGACAAGUGUCGACUACUCCCAGAUAAGGAUGCCUUUGCAGCUGUGCUGAUCAAAGAGUUUGGGGAUGGUAGCAUGAUCAAUUUAGAAGGAUUGAGUAAAUUGAUGGAAACUCUAGGCAUUUUGCCGACCCCCCAUUCUACAGCUGACGAAUCAAGCCACAGCCAUGAUAGGAAAAAGAGAAGCACUACUAACGGCAAGCUGGUGUCUCAAAAUUCAAACUUAAGACACAGGCGACAAACUGGCUCUGAAAUCAAAGAAUGUUUUUCCCCUGCUCAGUUGAUGGCAAUCUUUGACUCCCAGUCUGGUCUGAAUAAAACUAAUUUUGAGCUACUAUGUCCUGCCUUGAUCAACCAAAAAUUGUAUGGUGCCUGCUCUGAGUCGACAUCUGUGAGCAAUAUUUCUGAUGCUGAAAAAUUUGGCUAUGGAACCUUGGCAGUAUUCAUCAUCUGUCUGUGUUCAGUUCUUGGAUUGAUUGUUGUACCAUGUGCAUCCAAGAAAGUUUAUAACUUUAUUUUGUCAUCAUUUCUUGGCUUGGCAGUUGGCACUCUAUUUGCUGAUGCUAUAUUACAUCUGAUACCUAUGGCAAUGGGAAUACAUGAUCAUGGUGAAGAAGGUCAUGGUCACUCACAUGAAGACAGUGAUGCAAUAGUUGUGGAGGAAUAUGUCAAAUAUGGCUUGGUGAUAAUUGGAGGUCUCUACUUGUUUUAUAUUAUAGAACUGCUGAUGGAGAAUCUGGGUCACCAUUCACACAGCCACAGUGAACAUGAUCAUAGUGAGAAUAGUUAUCAAGUCACUGAAAUUUCUGAAGGGCCUGACAAAUUGAAAACUGAAAAUGACAGCCAUGGGAUUAAGACAUCAAAAAAUGGAGUUACACCCUUGGCUGUGAUGAUUAUUCUUGGGGAUGGUCUUCACAACUUAGCUGAUGGUCUUGCCAUUGGUGCUGCAUUCUCUGGUAGCAUAUCUGUUGGAGUUGGCACCUCUAUUGCUGUGUUUUGUCAUGAGCUUCCACAUGAACUUGGUGAUUUUGCUGUGUUGAUCAAGUCUGGAAUGAGCAUAAAGAAGGCACUGGGCCUGAACUUUCUGUCUGCACUUACAGCUUUCAUUGGCCUGUAUGUUGGCAUUGUAGUCUCAGCCAAUGAUGUAGUCAGAGCUUGGAUAUUUGCUAUAACUGCUGGCAUGUUUAUAUAUAUCGCCCUUGUAGAUUUGAUGCCACUUCUCAUAAAAAGCAAACAUGUAUUGGAUCUUGUCUUGAGUAACAUAGGCAUUCUUACAGGAUUUGCAAUUAUGCUGAUAAUUGCCAUAUUUGAAGAACACAUAAAAAUUUAAUUGUUCAAAAAAAAAAAAAAGGACCACUACUUUUCUUUGCUCUACUGGCUUGAAUUUGUUUCCAGAACCAUUUAGAUAUCAGCGAGUGUCCAGUCUUUCAGAGCUUGUUGUUACGUAACUAAGAGACUGUGUGUGAAAUAUGUUCAUACACUUUUAUAUCAAUCCGUCCAAAAGCAAAAAACAAAAUUUAAUCUGAAAAAAAAAAUGAUAAAAUAUUUUCAAAUAGUUGUUUAUUUUAUUACUGAAAAUCUUUGAAAAAAAUAUUUACAAAAUUAUGUUGGAUUUUUUUUUAAAAUUUAAACAAUAAAAAGCGUUUGUAGAAAAAAUAUUAACUUUAUUAACUAAGCAAAGAUAAGCCUACUUACUUUAAAUGACUGUAUUUAUACCAUAAUGAUCAUUUCAAGACACAAAUUCUUUCAUUUAUUAAAAAAAACUGUUUUAACAUAUGUAUAAUGUCCAUAUAAUUAUCAUGAUGAAUUUGUAUAACGGUAUAUUCAAGAUAAAAAACAAGAGGUUAUAAUUAAAUAUGUAUGAAAACUUGCUUUAAAAAAACUGAAAACUUCUUGUUUACCUAAUAAUAAAUCGCACAAAUUUGAAAUUAAUUUUCUUUUGCUUUAAAAAAUAUAUUAGGCAAAAACGUAAACCCAAUACAUAUUAUGUAAUUUGUAUAUUUAUCAGAACCAAUAUUAUUUGACCUUUGACUCCGUAACAGAAAGUAUGGACUGAAGUUAUCUUCUCUUACUUAGCAGAAGUCAUCAGCAUUAGUGUAUCUAAAGAUAUGCUGGUGCAAAAGGGAUUUUUUAAUAGCCAUUUCUGGACAGACUUCCUUCUCUGUAUCUUUACCUUGUCUCUUAAUGUUGAUAUGUUGACCAGCUCCUUACAUUUUCUUUUUUAUUUCUUGCCAUGCAGAGUGUCUCAACUAAAACUAAAUCUGUCCAUUUAUUCCCAAUGUUUCUUCUAACAUUUGGUUUGUCCAGGGCCAGAUUUAGACUUGAUAAGACCCUAAGCUAUUUGAGAUAUAGGGCCCCUUGUAUCAACGUAAGGUAGUUUAUUCCUAUGCUUUUUCUUCAAAAUAAUGUUUUGGGGGGCCCCCAGGCAAGUGGGAGCUUUAAGCUGAUGCUUAUGUUGCCUAUAGGUUAAAGCAUUGGGUCUGUCCAUUCAUUCCCAAUGUGUUUUCUAACAUUAGGUCUGUCAAUUCAUUCCAAGUGCAAGGCCAGCUUUAGAUAAUUGGAGGCCCUAGGUGAAGAGAGUUUGGUGGCCCCAAAUGAAAUUGAAAAAUAAAAAGCGAAAUAAUAAAAUGACGCAAUUUAUUUAAAACUUAAUGUACUCCAACAAUAACGUAGGGCAAAAGUUUCGCUAUUUUUUCUCUUAAACAUUGUUUUGAGUCCUGUGAGAGGCCACCCACCAAUCGGGGUUUGACUAUGCCUAAGACUGGCCCUGUCCAGCGUCUCUUCUAACAUUAAAUCUGUCCAUUCAUUUCUAGCUUUAUGCCUGCCAAUUAAUCUCACUUUUGUUUUCUUUGCCUCUGGAAACAUUCCUCGUAGGAUUGUCUCUCUAGGUCUCAAGGAUCUUGUGAAAUGUUCUGACCAUUUUGUUAUGUACUAGCUUUAUAGCGGUAAGGAAUUUCUCAUUAUUCCUAAAGAACAAUAUGUUCCAAGUCGCUGUUAUUGUUCAAGAUUUGUUAGUAUACUGAAAAAUAAACUGGGGGCUUAAUAAUGUAGGUUAUUUUAUUUAAAUAAACUAUAAAUAUAAAUUUGCAACUGUUCAAUAUCCAUUAUUAUAAUUUUCAACUAGUAAUGGGCUUUAACUUUUUGAAGAAUUUAGUAUAUCAACCAGUUCUAGAAAAAAAAUAAUAUUAUGUUAACCUUCACAGAAUUUGACUUUUAUGUUACAAUUAACACCUGGUGUCAACCCAGCACUGAUCAUAAAGUUCCCCUUUCAGACCUUGAUAUUUUUAAGGCAGAUUUGUUUCUUUGGCCAAUAGUUAAGGAGAAGGGAGUCAUGUGACCAGCACACCAACCAACAGCCUUUAUUUUCCCCAACUAAAGUCAGGUAUCCAUUAGAGUUGGGUGGAUUCAGAGGGCGCCCUAAAAUCAAUGGAGGUUGAUGUUGCGCAAUAUUGUGUUGUAUUUUAUUAUGUAUAGUGUUCUUGUUGUAAAACUUUACUGUUGUAAUGAUGUGUAUAUAUAACAUUUGUUGUAUUAAAAUAAUAAAACAUAAAUUCUUUCACAAUAUUGUUUGGUAGAAUGUGAA